CCCCCCCCCUCCCUCCCAUCCGCAUUCCCGCCGCCCGUCUUCUCCAGAACCCAAGAAAGGCGUAACGAGGGAGGAAAAAGCGGAACGCUGGUAAGAUUUUCAACCCAGACACUCGUACUGUUUGCUAAAGCAAAGAAAGCGAAAAGAGAAAGCUCUUGUCCAACAUCACCCCAGGCAGAAAUGGAGGCGAGGACCCAGUUGUGAGAAAAGGAAAAGUUGCCCCCCUCCCGGAAAAUGAUAAAGAGAAUGGUAAAAUAAAACGUAAGAGACGACCAAAAAAAAUCGAUGAAAGAGGCAACUUGGUGGCAUCUUUUUCCCUCCUCGCGACUGUGCGGGCGAUCCCACUCCGCCACCGCUCCUUCCCAGGUUCUCCUUUUCAUGCUCUCUGUCUGUCUCUCUCCCCUACAAUAUAAGGCUGAAGCUUCUCAAUUUGUCUCCAUGGAACUUUCAUGUGGAGAUGACACUAACACAGAGGGACGGAGAGUUUCAUUGACAGAAGGUGCACAGGGUAGGGGAGAAGGAGGUAAUUGUAUGGAAGUCCAUCAUCAUCAUCAACAUGAGGUGGAGUUGGAGAUCGAAUUCUGGCCGCUGGAACACCCGACCGAGCCGCCAGACGAAGAUCAGCCUGUGAAAUGCCCCAUGCUCAGCACUUCUGCUAUUCCCGGUACGCAAAUGAAUGAGGAGCAAACUGGGCAGAGCAUGAGGAAGAGAUCAGACGCACGGGAAUUGGCGAAAAUAGGGAAGGUCACGGUGGCUUCCGAACCAUCCGUCCGACCACUGCGCAAGAGGCAUCACACUCUAACCCAUGGGGACAUUGUAAUAACCCCGCUAAGGACUAUGCCUCCGCCGCCACCGCCGCUGCUGCCACCGCACAACAUCACCAUCUUCCAGAUGCUUCAGCAGCAGUUUGACAGUCUCGAGAACUGAAAGAUUACCGCCGCUGUAAAAGAGAAAUCACCUGAACCUUCCACCUUUGCCUCUUCUGUCUAUAGCACAUUUAGUGGGGUUCUAAUUGUCAAGCUACUAUGGUAUCAGAUCUGUCAAAGAAUUCUCUUGUUACCUGUUAAAUUACCAACGAUGUACUCGGAAAGGCCAUAUAUGCAUGUUAUCGGUAGGUGAAUUAAGUAGAA